AUGGCGCUGAACAACACGCAGCCUCUGCCAACGUCCAUCUCCGAUCCGAGAGCUCCUCGCCACGAGUUGGUGCAGCUACUAUGGAAGGCAGGGGUGUCCGAGGACGUCAUCCUCAGGUACACCGGGGCUCGCAGCGAGGGCGGCCUCGGCUGCACGGCUGUGUCCGACUUCGCAGGCUUGUACACGGAGACUACGUACGAGGACAAGGUUGAGGCCGAGGUGAUCAAAAUCGAGGCCCACAAGGACGAUCACCUUGAAGUGGCACGAGUGCGGGUGUCGUGGACUCUUGCUCGUUCGGAGCUGCAGCGAGCGCUGCGCCAGCGCACUGAGGGAGCUGGCCCUGACGGGCGCGAGGACUGGGACACGCCCCUGACGACGCCGGAGGAGGAGCAGCGUGCCAAUGACUUCGGCAAGGCCUACGACAACCUCGUCUUCGAGAGCGAGUCCCAGCCGCUCAAGACUCUGAUUGGGCGCCAAUGGCGCGAGUUCGUCUCCUCGACGCGGGCGGUCACUACACUUCGCCUGGAGAGAAUGCGUACGGAAGCAGAUCUUCAGGGAGUCCGCCAGAAGGCGCCAAAGAAGACGCCUAUCGGCGGAGGGUACCACAUAACGAAGGACGAGGAGAAAGAGGCCCGGCUCCCUGAGAUCAAGAUCCAGUCCGUUCUGCAGUUCCUCAAGUGCCUGAAGGUUCUGACCCACCUCUGGGCGCUGUGUGGGGCGGCGCUGGUGGAUUCAAAGGAGGACGUCGACAAGGCCACGCAUCAGCCCAAGAAGGUGCGGCAGUGCCACUUGGAGGUGUGCGUGCGCUACUACGACUUUGUCCUCCUGAAGCUCCUUGACCACCCGGGUACACUUCACGAGAAGGUCCUUUGGGCGUACGACCGUGACCGGACAACCCGGAACAAAGCCCGGACGUUGUACCAGCAAGGGUGGCCAUGGGGAGAAGCUCUCGUGGCGUCCUUCACCAACCACUGCGCGCUGGAGUGGAAGGUGACAGGGGUUGGGAUUUCCAGCGGGGCCCCUAACCUCAUCAAGCCAGAGGACGACAGCGACGACGACAUGGGAGCACCUCCCAAACGACUCGCUGCACCAAAGAAGGGGGCACAGGCCCUCAAGCACAAGAAAACCACAAGCCAGAAGGUCCAGAAGGCAACCAAACGCACCGCCAAGGCGUGUGCGAACUACAACUCGGCGCGCGGGUGCGCGAAGAACCCCAAGCAGUGCCCGCGCAAGAAGCUCCACGUCUGCUCGAACUGCGGCUUGUUCGGCCACCCGGCUUUCAAGUGGCGGCGCCCGGACCCGGGCGCCAAAGCGACGCAGCCCCUCCGUGGAAGCGAGCUCGCCCAGCCCAGCCGCGCGCUGCGCCACCAGCGGGUGCUGGGCGCCAGUCGCGCAGCGCUGCGCUCGCAGGACUGUGCUGCGUCGGAGCGGCUGGAAGGCCUUGACGUCGACAGCCUGCUCCGCAGGGUGGCCGCAGCAGACUGCGACAUAGUGUUUCUGAUAUGUAGUUCCUCUGGCUGUGCCUGCACGGGGUCGUCGUCCGAUCUGAAGUCCGUGGGGGGCGACACGGUCCGGUUCUUGACGGACUUCGUGCAGCUACGAGACCGCAUGUCGUCAGCAGCGCGGCAGGAUCAGUCCGGGCAGUUCGCUUGGCUGUACGAGGAUUCGGCUGGCGUGGGCGAGUCGUACAGGACGCAGCUUUCGAAUAUCCUUGGUUGCGAGCCCGUGCUGUUGAACGCAGCGGUCGUGCCGGCCGGGGUCGCGGCCAAGGGGCUCACCGUGCUGAGGUAUACUGGGCCUCCGAUCCCGAGAAAUUGGGAGGCAUGGGAUGGUGCCACAUGGGCCUUCAGGAACGAGGUCGGGCGUCGAUCUACGACGCCGCCGGGAACUGGGUACGCACCCACAUAUGCCGACGGCCGCUUCUUGCCCUUCACUGCUAUGCGUCCGCACGCCGCGGACCGGCCGCCCCAGGUGCACGUGGAGGACAAACAUGUGUACCAGAGGUUCUUGGCGAACGGUCGCAUGCAGCCUCUGCACGCGCACGUGCGCGGCAACAUGAUGCAGUACUCCGAUGGGCAGCUCAGGCCUUUGAUGGCAGCCGAGCGGGAGGUUCUCAUGGGCUAUCCCCACGAAUACUCUCGUCAAAUGCUGCCUGCCGAUGGUUCUGGGCUUGACGUCGAGAUGACCAGGCGGAGUGCCGUUGGCACCGCGUCCCACGUUCCCAGCAUCGCCAUGCUGCUUGGCCUCCUGCUGUUCCCCGCCGGGUGCCCUGCCCAGCGUAUGCGCCCAUCCUGUCCUUCCCGGGCCUAUUGUCUCCAGUGGCAGGAGCGUCACAGAGCGGGGGCAGUGUGGGACUCGGAAUGGGCUCCGCCCGAGGGCCAAGUUCAGUCAGGAGAACGAAUUCUUGAACGUGCAUUGCUGCUGUUCCCUUCGGCCUACUUUCGCGCGGUCUCCGAGGAGGUCAGAGAGGCGAUGGCCAAUGUCGACUGCAUCCGGUACGAUCUGUUCGCGGACUAUCCGGACUACGCCUUGCGCCAGGGCGCCCCGCCAGGCGCAUUAGGCCCUGACUUGCAAGCCCUGUGGGCGAAGUCGCCGAUGCAUGCUUCUGUCGAGCACCAGCAUCGCCCAACGAUGGCAUCAGCUGCGGCACCGAAUCUGCUUGAUUGGGGCAUCGGCCCAGAGGAGCACGAGGCACGCGCGGUGCUAUUAGAUCAUCCUUUCAGCCGCGACCCUCCCGUGGAGUCAGAUCUCCAGUUUGUCGUCGAUGCGUACGUUGCCAAUGGGCCGCGCGUCAGCCGGGUGCGGCGACGGCGUCUGGAGGUGCUCCAGCGCACGGCGGCGGCGCUGCACAAGUUGGACGAGUUCUCUUUGCGGCUACGGCACACGUAUCUAGAUUCGGCGCCAGGCGUUCGCCCCGUCUACUGCGCUUUCCUCGUUGUCCUGACCGGCUGGCCGGAUGUGGGGCUUCCGGCUGGCUUGGCGCAAGGGUUCGAGCUUGCGGGGGAGGUGCCGGCUUCGACGGUUCUGAGGCCCAUUCAGCCGAAGCCUGUCGGCAAGGGCCCCCUAGCUGGAGAGGAGGAGCAGUUGCUCGGAGAAUCCGCUUGGCAUUGCGUGAACUCGGUGGAGGCGCAGACCAUCCCGUCCAAGCAGGCGCCCACGAUAUACGAUCUCACACAGGAUGAGAUCAAAGUUGGGAUUGCUGAUCCGCUGCUGGACCGGGCGGCGAUGGACAGACGAUUCGGAGUUGGUGGCUGGAGGCCGCUGAUUCGACAUUGCCUUUGGCAGUCGGGCAAAUGGCGGCCGAUCGACGACGGCAAGCGAUCUCGGACGAACGCGCUGUCCAGCAUUGCCGAGACAGUCGUUUGCAUCCCGCCAGAGUUCGUCUUGAUACUGCUGCGUGCUCUCGCCGUGGCUUUCGCCAGCCGGACUGGCGGGGUGCCGGCUUGGUUCGUCCCUGUUGUUUCCACGGAGGACUGGUGGAAGGGCUUCCGCCAGCUUUUCCCCACCCAGGAGCAUGCCGGCCUGGCCGUCGUGGCCGUCAUGGAACCGAGCACCCGGAAGUGGAAGUAUAGUUGCCUCCGUGGCCUGCCCUUUGGGCUAGGCGUCGCCGUGAACCAGUUUUCACGGAUGGCUGCUUUCGUGACCGCCAUGAACAAGCGUUUGCUGUUAUUGCUCACUGGCCACUAUGUUGACGACGGUCCUACUUCGGAGAUGGACUGCAUGGUCGGCGCGCCGGGAGCAGGAGACAGCGUCGUUUGCCAGCAUGCCGCUAGCAUGGGGAUCCGGUAUUCGGACAGCAAGCGGCAGCCUCCGUCGUUCAUGUUCGCGUUCCUAGGCCACCUUCACGACCUAUGCCGGACAGCGUGGUCCAUGGCAGCGGCAUGGGGGCCGAAGCUUCUAAGUCGAGAGCGCUUGGUGGAAAUGUGCGAGGGUGCCAUCCGCACUCAGAGGCUCUCGUCGGGUCAGGCUGCGAAGCUUCGCGGCUUCGCUUCCUGGAUGGACUCCUCCCUGGCUGGACGCUGCAUGCGCGGCGCAAUGCAUGCGUUUAUUGCUCGGCAGUACUGGGAUGGAGAUGAGCGGGUGCAGCCUGGCAGCGUUUUGCACGAAGCUCUGAUGUACGUGGCCGCUGCUGCUGUGCACAUGCCCGAUCGGAUCGCGGCCCUCCAGCGCCCGACAGUGCCGCCCUUGGUGCUCUACACCGACGCCUCGGCCGAUGGUGAACGAGUGCGGUUGGGCGCCAAGCUCCUCGUCCCGGGCGGCGCAGUAUGCGUCACCAUAUGGGGCGCCACGCCAGAAGCCCGAGAGUCUUGGGGAGAACAGGCAACCGUGAUCAACCAGGCUGAGUUGCACUGCGGCGUCCUCGUCGCUGGCACGUUUCCUGAUCUGCUUCACGGUUGCGACGUGCUGUGGUGGAUCGACAACACGGCCGCGGCCACAGCGAUGGUGAAGGCAGGGUCCCCAACUGUCACCAUGGGGAAGCUGGCCUUGCAGGCGCACGCCAUGCUGACGUCGCUAGGCUGCCGCGUGUGGAUCGAGCACGUGCCCAGCAAGGACAACCCAGCAGACGUGCUGUCCCGCGAAGG